AUGGAUGUGGAUUCGAAGCCGAUGAUGGAGGAGACCAUUUUAGUGGGCGAUGAUCUGAUGAUGGGCCCACCGUCACCACUCAUCCCACCGGAAAUAGCAUCCCACGUGCUCGAGGGCGUAGACUUGUGUGAUGGAAUUUUACGUAAUCUCUUCCUCUGCUUGCAGAUUAACGACAUCGAGCCUUUCUGUCAAGAUGAGAUUGCAUUGUAUCGGCACUGUGCAGAGAGGAGGGAUAAGGAACUAAGAGAGAGGCUUCAGGAUAGUGAGAGGAAGUUAGGGAUGUCUAUGCCGUUGGAGCUAGCAAAGGAAAGAUCAAGUCAAUUGGAAGCUGAGACCACACAGUUGGAAAGACGCUUGAUUUUGGCGAGUGGAGUUGAAGGCAUGGAAGGAUUCAGACAGAGAUGGAGCCUCCAUGGUCGUCUUACUGAUUCAAAGAGUCGGUUGGUAGCCCUGAAGCAAGGUAUGGAUAGCAGAAAGAAAGAUGGACAAGAUGAACAAGCUGGAGAGUCUACUACCAAGAAAAGAUGGUUUUUCUGGUGA